GUAUUAUCGUGAAAGUAAGAAAAAUAUGAAUCUCACCGAAGAGUUACAGAAAUGCCAGAAUUUAAUCUAUAAAGGAUUCACGACAGUGGAAGAAAGUGGGAUUGAUUGGCUUAAUGGAUUCUGCGGAGAUUUUCUCAAAUUCUGCAAUAAACUCCACAAGUUUCUAGUCUUCGACUGUAAUCAAAAGAGUGUCGUUAUCGAAACAUGUUUUCUGUGCAUUUCGCAAGUUGUUUGCUGUGUGAAAUAUUUAGAAAGGACGAUAAACAUGGAAAAAACGGAAGGAGUGGUUAUGUCGUCAUCCCGACAGUAUUUUCUCGAUCGUAUUCUCUGGUGUUUUGCACAUUUGAAGUCGACUAUCAACUCCGCAGGCGAUGAUGUUGUCUUAAAUUCUCUUGAAGAGUCAAAUUUCGUUACAUCCAUGGAUACGCUGGUAGAUUUGAUAGAACCGUACAGUGCAUUUAAGAAGGAGGAAAUAGCGAAUAUAGCACAAUUCAACGCGCAGGCAGUAUUCGAUAGCCAGAAAAUCCGUAGCACAGUCGACUUGCUUCUGAGUCAGACGUUAGCUUUAGCGAAUGUAACACUGGACAGUGACAAAGUAGCACUAACAGCAAUUUGCCAAAAGGUUCUAAGAGAAUGUAUGGCGUUUCAGGAAACUUGUUCACUUGAAAGGGAUGGUAUCCGACCUGAUAUUCAUCAGCGUCAGUUCACGGCUACGGUUUUUGAAAAUUGUCUCUACCAAUUGGAGGAUCUCGUAAACGAAAGUCUGUUACGGCUCGUCUUCCAAGUUUUGGUUGAUUGCUCCCAACAUUCAGUCGAGAGUUUGCGAAGAUUGAUAGAUAAAAACGCAGGAGACGAAUUAGACAACAUAAUUGCAGACUUUGAUGUGAAUGUGGAUAGAAUUUUGCAAAUAGGAAUAUUUGCAAUGGCAUUGGCGGUGGAUGUGAGAGCAAAAACAACGGUGCGAAGCUGUCUAGCGUCGUUAGAGUCUCUCGAUUCAACUUUAAUACCGUCACUUUACACAAAAGACGAACUGCACUCGACAAUUCUUGAGGAUCAUUAUAUCUGCGAGAUACGAAAGUUCAAGAACGCUAUCCAGGACAUUAUAGAUACGGCGGCAUUUUGUAAAUGCUACGAAGAAAUACUUUACGGUUGCAUCCAAGCAUCACAGAAACAGUUUAAUAAAAAUGAUAUUGUCAUCAUUCUUGAAAAGGGCAAAGUUCUCGAUGAGCAUUUUAAAAUUAAUGCAAGCGAUUUGUUUUCAUCAAAUGGGUCUGAUGAACGUAAUUCAACCAGAGAAUAUUACAACAAAUUCAAUUUGAUGCUAAAUGAAUGUCUAGCCAUUGUAGCUUGCGCUGAUCAAGUUGACAAUGCAAGAAUAUUGAAACGUUUAAGAAUUUUCAGAUCAACCCUUACAAAGCUGAUAGAAAGUAUUGACAAAAAGGGCGAGGAGACCAUAAUCACAGGAACAAGUUUCGAAGAGAAACCAAAAGAAAGCCCAAAAAGCGAGAGCAAACUAUCCCUCGAAAGCUUCGGUAUAACACCUUCAGUAACUUGUAUUUUAUACAAAUCGCGACGAAACAAAAAGAUCUCGGAUUCUCUCAAGGGAAACACUUCACAAUUAUCAAGUCCAGUGGCAAGCGGUAUAAGUAACAUUGAAUUUCGAAGUCCAGCUGUUAGUAAAGGAUCCACUGAAGUAUUUAGAAGUCCAAAUUUGAGGCGAAGAGUAAGCUUGCGCGUGAAAAUGUUUAAGAGGCAGAAAAGCAAUGAGGCACAGGCUGUUUGGGCGACGUACAAUGAUCAAUCAACCAAUCUUCAUAUAACAGAUGAAUAAGUUGUUUUUGAACUCAAGCAAUCACACGAGCAAGAGCAAUAGCCACAAUCUGAGAGAUAGUCACGAGGUGUUUUAAAAAAGUCUGCACACGAAGACAUUUCACUGGAGUAUGGC